AUGAAUGCCUCCCGCAGCAGAGGGAAGCGAGAUACCUCCCCCCCCCGGCGAGGCACCCUUGAUCUGGUGAGAGAGCUGGCGCGGCUUCGGGAUCGGGAGCCGACGAGGUUCCCGGCAGCUUACCUCGACCUCAAGGAAACGGUGCCGGACCUCGACCACCUCCUCAAGGUCUUUGCGCCGCCUGCCCGCACCCCCAGCUCCGCUUCCCCCUGGCCCGGAAGCGGCUCCUCCUCCUACGCUCAGCUCCGCAGCGGCGCCGCCUCCUCCCGCCGCUCGCCCACCGCAGUCCCGUCCUUCGGCUCCCCUCUUGCAGGAGGCAUGAACGCCGCGGGGCUAGGCGAGUCUCUCCUGGAUGUCUCCGGGAUCUCGGGCAUCGCCGACGACAACAACGACUUCAACUACAACGACUCCGAUUUGUUCCUCGGCGGGGGCGGCGACAGCGGCGGCGGCGGCGGCGGCGGCGGCGGCUACGGAGGAGGCGUUACCGCCAGCGGUGCUAGCACUCACGGCCACCACCAUCGCCUCGACCUAGACACUACCAGCGGCGGCAAUAACGGCAGCGUCCUGGGAGGAGCAACAUCGCCAAGGUGGCAGCAGCCCGGUCCUGGCCGGACAGCGGCGAGUGACGCACCGCUGAUAUCCCGAGCGGCGACUCUCCGCCCGGGCGGCCGGGGCGGAGAGGGCGUGACACCGGGGCGGCCAAGCUCGCCGAUGACCGACUCGUUCUUGCUGCGAAACGGUGGUGGCAAUAGCGGUGAUGGUUCUGACGGCCUGGGUGUCGGUAGAAGCGGGACCUCGGCGAGAAGGGGGGGGGAGUUGGGCGCGUCGGGCGAGUGGGACGCGAAAGCGGGCGAGUCUGAGGAUGACGAGAUCCACCAGCUCAUCGCGGAGGCUCAGCCCCUUUUUGCGGAGGCCGUCGCCGACCAGACGCCGGACGAGCAAGACGUGCGCUGCGUGUGCCUGCACCAACCGGUCCUUCUGCGCGGCAGCCAGGGGCGGUACCUGCAAGUCAGUAAGGAGGAGGAGGAGGUGGAGGGAGACGAAGAAGACUUCGACGAUAACGCCUCCAUAGUCACCGCGGUCACCGCCAUCUCCGGAGAUAAGGUCGGAGGCGGGACCGGAGGUGGCGGGCUCAUCGCCGGGGAGCUCAAGACCCUGUUCCGAGUUAGUGCGGAAGGGACUGGCACGGGCGACCCUUCGGAGGUGGUCCAUUUCGUUUCGGCCUCGCAGAGGGGCGACAGGGCCCGCCUCCGCGGUGCCAUUGAUCAGCUUCCUGGCGUCCUUAUUCAUGGUCAAUCGUUCCCGGCUAUGUCUUCCCCCUUAUCACGGCGAUACCAGGGCCCCGUUGUCUAUGGCCAGUCCGUGUGCAUCAAGUCGGUGCACGGGAAGGGGAAGUACCUGCGGGUUUCCUCAUCGGGGGCGCUGGCGUUUGCUAGGUUCGUGCGAAAAGGGGAGCGGAUCGAGCUGGAGCACACGGAGUACUCGGGCGCGCGGAGCGGGGCCAGGACCUCCCUGAUGAUGCGGCCGGGUGACUACGGAGGCGAGUGGGAGGUGGCGGCGGGGCGACGCGAACAGUACCGUGGGGAGGAGUACGAGUCGUGGGAGGUACUUCCCGCGGGGGUGCCGUACCUUCCCCCCUGGAGACGUAACAGGUCCUACCUAACGCGCGACUUCCUGUUGGCGCGCCCCCCUAAGGCACCUUCGCGGGCGGUGGCGAAGCUCUUCGGCAUCAAGCCGGGGGACAGUGUGGUAAUCGACUACGACCAUCGCCGAGGCGGCGGCGGCGGCGGCGGCGGCGGCGAGCUGCAGCGAUCGAGAGGGGAAGGGGCGGGGCGGGAGCGACAGGGUGAAGGUGGGGUUGCGGAAGCCCUGCCGGAGGCCAUGCAGGAGCAGCUGUUGCUGGACGACCUGCUGUACGCGAUGAUGGGGUUUGCGGGAAGCUACAUUGUGGUCAAGGGCGUCGGCGGCAGCGGGGGGCAAGGCGAGGCAGUCGCUCCUCCAACCUCCCUGUACGAUCUGGAGUUCGCCGUGAACGUUGAUGGAGAUUCGAUCGAUCAGUCGCUGGCCUAUCUCGCCGAGAGGGUUUUGCCUCUCUGCAACAACUACGUCCGGGUGAACCGAUUCGCGUCCGAGCGAGGGCAGUACGAGUUCGGGAAGGUGGCGCACGCCCUUGCCGCGGGGGUGCAGCGGCUGCUCCGCGAGUACCUCGUGCUGGUUGCACAGCUGGAGAGCCAGUUCUUACAGGUAGGUGCCCACCCGGAGGAUGGUUGGGGUUAG